UCAGACCCCACCAGGACACACAAGCUGUCCAGCCCCCACCUCCUUCCCUCUGCAGGAUUAAAGCAGCCCCAGCAGACGGAGCCUCAUUCCCUUCUGAAGUCCUGUAUGGGGCAGAAAGAGUUGAAUCUGCGCUCAUUCAUACACUCUUUGAUGGAAUUAACUACAGGAGAGCACAGAACAUAAAUAUACACCCCAAAUACUCACAUGAUAGAGCUGAAGAAAACCAGCAGAGAAAAUGAAGAGUAACUGGCAAGCUCCUGUUUUCUUGUACAUGUGGAGUUUUCUGUGGGCUCUGGUGUCAGCCAACGUCCAGCAGCAAACAAGGUUCCCAGUCACCUUCAGCUCUAACCAAAAGACUGACCUCUGCCCACCAAUCAGGACUGGCGAAGAUGACUUGCCAGGUUACGACCUGAUUUCUCAGUUCGAGCUAGAUAAAGCUGCCUCCCGAGGAGUCAUCCAGAGAGUGGUGGGCUCCACAGCUUUACAAGUGGCUUAUAAAUUAGGCACAAACGUAGACUUCAGGAUCCCAACCAGGUUUUUGUAUCCCAAUGGAUUGCCUGAUGAAUAUUCUUUUCUAACUACAUUUCGGAUGACUGGAAGCACACUUCAGAAAAGCUGGAGUAUUUGGCAGGUCCAGGAUUCGUCAGGAAAAGAACAAGUUGGAGUGAAGCUUAAUAGUCAAACAAAGGCUCUUGAGUUUUCUUAUAAAGGGCUGGAUGGAAGUCUCCAGACUGCAACCUUUUCACAUUUGCCUUUUUUGUUUGAUUCCCAAUGGCACAAGGUUAUGGUCAGCGUGGAAAAGAGCAAUGUCACUCUUUUUAUUGACUGCAUUAUGAUAGAAUCCUUACAGAUAAAGCCCAGGGGCAAAAUCAACGUGGAUGGCUUUGCUCUGCUGGGAAAACUUAUAAAUAAUCCUCAAGUUUCAGUUCCGUUUGAAAUCCAGUGGAUGCUGAUUCAUUGCGACCCUCUGAGACCACAAAGAGAAAGUUGUAGCGAACUUCCAGCCAGGAGACAGAUAAGCCAGACUGCCACGGAGAGAGGCCCCCCAGGUCCGCAAGGCCCCCCAGGUCCACCAGGGCCACCAGGAGUUCCUGGCAUCGAUGGCAUCGAUGGAGACAGAGGUCCCAAUGGCCCCCCAGGCCCUCCAGGUCCAGAUGGUGAGCCAGGCAAACCAGGUGCCUCCGGGAUGCCAGGAGAGCCAGGAGCUGAUGGACUGACAGGCCCUGAUGGAUCGCCUGGCCCAGCUGGACCCCGAGGACAAAAGUCCUACUCUUGGCAUCCAACAAGAUUAAAUGUCAGAAAACAUAAAUAUUUGCUAACCACAUUUUUCUUUUUUCAGGGUAAGGGGAUUCUUGGACCAGCAGGUCCCCCUGGUGUAGCAGGACUUCCUGGUGAAGUAGGCCGUGUUGGUCCAUCCGGUGAUGCUGGAAAGAGAGGUCCUCCAGGCCCACCAGGGCCCCCAGGUCCCAGAGGAACAAUUGGGCUGCAUGAAGGAGAUCCACUGUGUCCCAAUGCUUGUGCACCUGGUCGUCCAGGACACGCUGGCCUAAUAGGAAUGAAGGGUCACAAAGGAGUAAAAGGAGAGGAUGGUGAACCAGGGAAACAAGGUCAUAAGGGUGAGGAAGGUGCCCAGGGAGUCCUAGGUGAUGUCGGAGCUCAAGGCCCUCCAGGGAUUCAAGGUUUGAGAGGCAUAACUGGUAUAAUGGGAGCCAAAGGGAACAAAGGUGCUCGUGGCCUUGAUGGUGACCCUGGUCCACGAGGGCUCCCUGGUGGAUCUGGAGACCAGGGACAGAGAGGUCUACGGGGAGAGACAGGUCCGAAGGGAGACAGGGGUCCUCAAGGUAUUAGAGGAAUAACUGGCCUCCCUGGGCCUAAAGGAGAAGCUGGCUUACCGGGGGUUGAUGGCCGGGAAGCGAUCCCUGGAAUGCCUGGAGCAAAGGGUGAACCAGGAAAACCUGGUGCUCCAGGUGAUGCAGGACUUCAAGGACUGCCAGGUUUACCUGGCUCCCCAGGUGCAAAUGGUGUUUCUGGCCCAAAGGGUAAUGCAGGUGCCCCUGGGAUACCAGGUUUAAUGGGAAAUUCUGGUAAACCUGGCGAACAAGGACCACAGGGGAUAGAGGGACCAAUAGGACCAAGGGGUCCACCUGGUAGCAGAGGUGAGCCAGGUCCUGCCGGGCCUCCAGGUCCACCAGGGAAACUGGGUCCUGAAGGGGACCUAGGACUACCGGGACUGCCAGGUCCUUCAGGCCUGCCUGGCGCCAAAGGUGACAGGGGAUUGGUUGGUGAGCCAGGGCCUAAAGGUGAACAAGGUCCUGCUGGAGGAGAAGGAGAACCAGGAGAAAGGGGUGACCUGGGUGAUAUGGGAUUGCUGGGCCCAAAGGGAUCAGUUGGUAACCCUGGUGAGCCUGGCCUUCGUGGACCUGAAGGAAGUCGUGGACUGCCUGGCAUAGAAGGGCUACGAGGCUCACCUGGACCUCGCGGUUUGCAAGGUGAACAAGGUGCUCCAGGUCUGCCUGGCAGCCAGGGUCCAGCAGGUAGAGAGCCAACAGAUCAGCACAUUAAACAGGUCUGCAUGAGAGUCAUGCAAGAACAACUUGCUCAGCUAGCAGCCAGCCUUAGGAGGCCUGAAUCUGGUGCUACAGGUCUCCCAGGUCGACCUGGACCACCAGGUGCUCCCGGGCCUCCUGGUGAAAACGGCUUCCCCGGACAGAUUGGAUCCCGUGGUUUGCCAGGUCUUAAAGGUCCUCCUGGUGAGAUUGGUUUUAAAGGUCCAAAAGGUGAAGCUGGUGAAAAGGGGGAGAGAGGAUUUCCAGGCAGAGGACCCAAAGGCUUACCUGGAACAACAGGUCUUCCAGGUGAACCCGGCAAACCCAGCUAUGGAAGGGAAGGUCGUGAUGGUGAACGAGGCCCACCAGGAGUGGCUGGUCAGCCUGGAGUACCUGGUCCUCCAGGUCCUGCUGGUCCUCCGGGAUAUUGUGAGCCAUCAUCUUGCACAGUGCAAGCUGGACAGAGAGCUGGUAAGAACGUGAAAGGGCCAUGAAAGUGCAAUGCAAGUGCUGUGAAAUGUUAGUAUCAGUUUACUCUCUGCACGUACAGCUGACAAUAAAAAAAAUGGAGGAGAAACCUACCAAAUAAGGAGGAGAAACCUAGCAUCCAAGGCUUCAACAGGACAUACUUUAACACAUUGUUUGUACGUUCUUACAAAAAGGCAACCAAAAUUAGAAUGAUGGUGCUUACAAAACUACACAGGCAAGACCCUUUGGCUCUCUCUUGACCCUUGGAGAUAACAAGGCAGUUGUCUUAAACCAAUUUCUUUUAAAAAUAAAUAAAGCCCUUUCCCAGUCACUUCUUCCCCCUCUUCCUUUCCCUCCCAUCAACUAAAUAAAAAAAACAGAAUGGUUUGUAUAUCUCAGUUGUAGCUGUUACUUUUUUUUUUUGAUACAUUUGUAAAAUAAAUUCCAUGGAGCUGAAUUGAACUAAUCAGAUCAUCUCAGCUACAUUCAUUUCACCAUGUGUUUGUGUUGUACAAUGUAUAUUAAGCCUCUUUCUCCAAUCACUGUGAUUUAAAUUGCACAAACAUGGCUGCCAGACCCUUCCUGUAAAAACAUGCCACACUGAAUACUUUGUAUGCUGUAAAUCUCUGUAAAUGUGUGAUCACUGGGUUAUCAUGAGUACAUCAUGUACAACAAUCUCUAUACAUAAUGCCGGUUUUCAUUUUUGUCUCCAAUUUGUGUUGAGGCCCUACUUUUAUAUGAAGCCUGCUCCAUCUCAGGUCCUUCUAUGUGAAAUCAAACUAAGAAGGCAAGAAGCCACUGUGAAGGGAAUUUUAAUAGCCAGAAAUAAAUGAGUUUGAGAUUUAUUUAUUUUAAAAGUCUAAAGUGACAUCUCUGGUUGUACAAAAGGAAGAAAUAAAUAAUGUUUCUUAACCCCUUGCAUGUUUUUGUAUGAAUGGUCAUAUACACUACAGUUAAAAGAAAUAGUUCAGGUAGAGUCUAUCCCAUAGAGACAUCCCUGUUUCCCUUUUCUAUUACAACUCUAUUGCUAGAGAAAAAUGUGCAAUGUGGAUAUUUUUGUUUCUCUCCAUCAUGUAAAUUAAAGUUUGUGUGUUUUGGAAUAUA